GUAUAGAAUUUGCCUAUGAAUACAAGAAUGACAAGAAUGUGGUACUCGGCAAUGAUCAAAGUGCUCAAGAUGCCAUUAUAAGGACACAGCCAGUCAAUCAAAAUUUUAUGAAAGAAAUGUAUACAGUAUUUUUAUUUACGGAAUAUGAAUUAUGA